AUGCCGCCGCUCGUGUCGUGGGGACUGCUGGCGGUCAUUUGCGCGCUGAGCGUCGCCGUCCGCCUGUUUCCAGUCAUUCGAUGGGGGAGCGUGAUUCAUGAAUUCGACCCGCAGUUUAACUUCCGCGUGACCAAAUUCCUCGCUCAGUACGGCGUCUACGAGCUCUUGAACUGGUUCGACGACCGCGCGUGGUACCCCUUAGGACGUGUGGUAGGCGCGACAGUGUAUCCCGGCCUCAUGGCCGGUGCUGUGGCGCUCCAGUGGCUCUUGAGCCUCGUCUUGCGGUGCCCGAUCUCGAUCCGCGACGCCUGUGUCUUUUUUGCACCAGUGCUCGCAGCGUUCGCUUGUGUGGCGCAGUACCUCCUGACGCUGGAGGUCACAGGGAACGUCUCGACGGCGCUGCUGGCGGCCAUGCUACUGGCCGUUUCGCCCGCGUACAUCUCCCGGUCCACUGCCGGCUCGUUUGACAACGAAGGCAUUGCCAUCUUCCUCUUGAUCUUUACCUUCUACUUGUGGGCAAAGGCUGUCAAGACGGGAUCGAUGCUACGGGCGGCGCUGGCUGCGGGUGCGUGUGUUGCCAUGGCGAUGGCAUGGGGCGGAUACGUGUUUGUCAUCAAUCUCGUCCCGAUUCACGUGCUCGUGUUGCUGUUGGCGGGCAAGUACUCGGCCAAGGUGUAUGUGGCGUACUCGACGUUUCACGUCCUUGCAACGCUCGGCGCGAUGCAGGUGCCGUUCAUUGGGUUCAAUGCAGUGCUCAAGGGCGAGAAUGCUGGUUCCCACGGCGUUUUCGCGCUUCUGCAAGUCUAUGCUUUCAUGCAAUGGCUAUCGGCACAGCUCUCGAGCCACCACUAUUUGCAGCUCCGUCAACUCUGCUGGAGAACUGGUGCAGUCAUUCUCGGUAGCGGUUUGCUGCUCGUUUUCCUGCUGGGAAAGCUUCAAUGGAGCGGACGCAGUUUGACGCUGCUGGAUCCAACGUAUGCGUCAAGGUACAUCCCGAUCAUUGCGUCAGUGGGAGAACACCAGCCGACUGUAUGGUCUGCAUUCUACUUCUCUCUCGGGCCAGCAAUGCUGUUCAUUCCUCUGGGACUAUUCUACACCUUUCAAAAGCUGGACGCCGCGUCCAUCUUUAUGAUCGUCUACAGCACAUUUGCCUUCUACUUUUCGGGCAUAAUGGUUCGAUUGUUGCUCACUUUGGCCCCAGCAGCGUGCUACCUUUCGGCGGUCGGGAUGUCAGAGUUCGUGCAUCGAGUCAUCGCGAUCACACGUGAAGAAGAAACAGGUGAAGUAGAAGUGUGUCGAACAAAAUCGACAAAAGGGGCGCCAAGUAGCAAAGCUGCAGACGACGGAGAGCGGGAAUACGAAAAUGGGCAUACCGAAGACGUUCUUUCGGCAGUCGGCACUAAGCUGCGCUUCCGAUCGGACGCAGAGGUUGCUAGCAAAAAGCACACGGCUCCGAGGGCGCUCCUCCUGCUAACUUUCGCUUGUGGGCUCCUCCUCGUGAUUCACGUUCGUCAUUCAUUCAAAAUCGCCAUGAAGGUGUACUCAUCAACAUCACUUGUGUUCGAAAAAGUAAACACGACUACGAUGGAAAAGGACGUCCACGACGACUAUCGUGAAGCAUUUGCCUGGCUGCGUCACAAUACUCCGGAAAGUGCCAAGAUUCUCAGCUGGUGGGACUACGGCUACCAGAUCACCACACUGGCCAACCGUACGGUACUAGUUGACAACAACACGUGGAACAACACGCACAUUGCUACCGUUGGCCGUGUAUUCACCUCGCGAGAAGAAGACGCUGUGCCGAUCUUACAAAGCCUCGAUGUCGACUACGUGUUCGUGCAGUUUGGAGGUAAAAUCGGCCUGCCUGGUGACGAUCUCAAUAAGUUGCCCUGGAUCGUCAAGAUCUCGGAGGGAGUGUUUCCUGACGACGUGAUUGAGUCCGAGUUUCAAGUGAACGGACGAUACGUUUUUCACGAAAAUGCGACCCUCGCAAUGACGGAGAGUGUUCUAUACAAGCUCAGUUACUUCGAGUUCAGCCAAGUACAGAGCUCAGUUGGUACAGAGGGCAACGAAUCCGCAUAUGGUUGGGAUCUGAAUCGGCGAGUGAGAAUAUCGGAGCGCGAUAUUGACUUGCGCCAUUUUGAGCACGUGUUUACGUCAGACGCAUGGAUUGUCCGAAUUUACCGGGUCAAGUCGAUUUGGUAG